GGGUUCAAUUCAGACGAGGCAUAUGAAUUCAAGGUUCAUAAUAGACUUCACUCCAUGUGAGACAGAUCCCUCCUCCAUGGAGCACGGCGAUGGCAAAACCGCCGCCAAGCGAACCAGGCUCUCCGCCGCCGCCGGCGGAGGCAUUGACGACUUCCUCAGCGCGCUGCCCGAUGACUUGGUUCUCCACAUCCUUCACACGCUCCGCGAUUCCCCCACCGCCGCCCGAACCAGUCUCCUCUCCCGCCGCUGGCGCCGCCUCUGGGCCCUUCUCCCGCAGGUCUACUUCCCCGGAUACACCGCCCCCCACCUUAUAGCCCCCGCCCUCGCCGCCCAUGAAGCACCGACCCUCCAUCACCUCGUUGUCUUCGUCCAGGACGCCCCUGCCGAAUCCAUGGCGGCCUGGCUCCCAAUUGCUUCACGCCGCCUCUCCGGCGAUCUGUUCUUCGACAACAAGGUGCAGCAGAAUGGUGGGCGGGACGAGGCCGGAGAAAGAGGGGCCUUUGAGCUGCCCUGCUUCAAGAACGCCACCUUGCUCUCGCUCCACCUGGGGUUUCUCGGCCUCGCGCCGCCGCCUACCGGUGUAUUCACCCGGCUCACCAAUCUCUGCCUCGUUCACUUCCGGCUACACGGUCCGUGCCAGCUCGGGGACGCCCUCUCCUCUCCGCGGUGCCCGGCCUUGCGAGAACUCACUCUCUGCGAUGCCCGGGGCCUGGACAAUUUCACCAUACAUUCGGAGUCUCUAAUGACAAUAAAGCUCAGGAAAUUGCGUGGCCUGCAGCGCCUCACUGUUGUGGCGCCGGCACUCAAAGAGUUAACUGUCUUCUACAGCUUUGCUAAUGCCCCUAAUCCAAGUCAACCGGUUGCCACCAUCUCAACCCCUCGGCUGGUGUCGCUUGAGUGGAGUGAUGCAUAUGAUCCAGUCUCUGUUCAGUUUGGCAGGAUGACACGUCUUCAAUGGCUGGGCACAAGCUUUUAUGUUGUAUAUGGACCAAGUGGCAUUGAACACAAUCGCGAUUUGAUGAGGCUCUUCCGGCACUUUAAGGUCAUCCACAGUUUGAGACUUACACUGAAUUAUCAGCGGGACCUAAGUAACAGGCAAUACUUGAUGGAGGAUAUGACAAUGCUCCCAGUCAUUUCAUUAUUGAGCAUUAGUGUAAUAGCACAUGGACAUGCCUGUGGAGCCAGCUUAUUCCAUGUUCUCAGGAUGUGUACCGGUGUAAGAAGGCUGAUCCUAACAUUAAAUCCUCAUACCAGUCUGGAGGUACAAACAUGUCCACUAGGUUGCAUAUGUGAUCAGCCACUAAACUGGAGAUCUGAGGAGCUGGUGCUGGAUUGCCUCGAAGAUGUAGAAAUCAGAGGGCUGAGAGGAACCGAAUGGGAAGUAGCUCUGGUGGAACGGUUAUUCGGCUGGUCUACAGCACUAAAGACGGUGAAUAUAACUUUCUUCCGUUUAAUGACUGAAAGCAGGGCCAAGGAGUUGCGCCAGAUGUUACUACGCUUCUCCAGUCCAGACACAUGUAUGACAUUUUAGGUGUAUACUGCGGAGUGCGGCUAAUCUGCACCCGGGCUCAUCUGCACCCACACUUAGAAAAAAAUUCAAAAAAAAAAUACUAGAAAAAUUCAAAAAAUUCCAAUUUUUUUUGUGGUGGUAGAUAAUAUGACGCGCGAGGUGCGCCCCAAAAAUCAGCUCAUUUGAGCAUCUGAGCAGCUCUCGGCAAAAAAGACAAAAUCAGGGUCUGUAAAAAUGUUUACUGUUCACGCACUGUUUUGACCCGAUUUAUCUUUUUUGCCGAGAGCUGCUCAAAUGUCCAAAUGAGUUGAAUUUUUGGGCACACCUCACGCGUCAAAUUAUCUACCACCACAAAAAAAUUUGGAAUUUUUUGAAUUUUUCUAGUAUUUUUUUUGAAUUUUUUGCUGAGAGGGAGCAGAUGAGCACAGGCACCGUUUUGAGUUUUCCGUUCUUGUUCAGUACGUUGUAGAAGACAAAUUGAGCUCCAGGCGUGCAAGAUCCGGCUGUUGCCAUGCGCAAGAGUGGCGAUGCAUUUUUCUUGUGAGAUGGUGAAUAAUUUGCUGGGAUUUGUGUAGAACAGCUCGGUACUUGUUAGGGAGUUCUUGAAUCGGAUGUUGAGACUUAACUCGGGUAUGGGUUUUUAUC